AUGAAACAUAUCCUACUCAUUUUCUCAGUCACCUCUCUCUUUGUUCUACCUACAGUAAUCCCAUGUGAAGUCAAUUUCAUCAUCGAGAAUUCUCGAUCCAUCAACUCCUCAGGUUCCCUGGUUUUGAAGAAAUCAGUGGAUAGUUUGUCUCAAUGCACUCGGUAUUGUUCAUCGAUCGAAAACUGCACUCAUUUCACUUUCUCGAAUGCUGCCGAAAAGAACGGAGUGUCCAAUUGCCAUCUCAUUCAUUCAACAUCUCCGUCUUCUCCAUCUAAUUCUCCAACGACGUCUGGUCCUUUGACCGCCGGAACGAAAACAUGUUUAGAGAGUAAAUGUCCGAAGAGAAGUUUUGCUUUCGAAAAGUUUUCGGGGAAAUCUCUGCUGAAUGCCUCUUUUAUUAUCAAGACAUUCUCGGUUUCAGUCGAAGAAUGUUUAUCGAAGUGUCAGAAAGACUCGGCCUGCCGUGCCGCCCUUCAUAACCAUGACACCUCACUCUGUCAAUUAUCAAGAAUCUCAUUGAAUUCAGUGUACAAUCCAAGAUUAUAUUUUAAACCGAGCUAUUCAAUUGAUCUCUACGAAAAUAAUUGUAUCGACUAUACCAUGACAACAUCCGGUUGUACUUUCAUGCGUGUCAAUGGGGGAGGUCUGAAAUCAGUCAGUGAUCAAUUGGUUCAAAGUGUCGGAAGCGUUGAGGAAUGUGAGCAGAUGUGUGUUGUAAGAACGAGGAUAUCAGAUCCCUGCAGAUCUUACACCUACGACAACUCCACUUUGGAUUGUCAUCUGAUGUGGUCAUCCGCCAGAAUGUUAGGAAGAAGUCCACUAGAAUCAAUGAAACCAAAUCUAUUCCAUGGAGAUCUAGAUGAUUGUGUUAAUUUUUCCCUCAAAUGUCGAGAAAAUAACUUGGAAAUCAAGGCAAGCUCUUUGAGAAUGUUCAUCGGGAAAAUGAUGACAAAGAAAUCAAAAAAGAUUAUGUGCGAGGAGAAUUACCAAGGAGAAUUUGAUUUCUCGUCGAGAUUUGACUUCAAGAAAUGUGGACUGGAUCCUAAUAAAUCCAAAGACUCGACUUAUCGUGGAAUGGUUCACGUGAAAGAAGGGAGUACCAGUUUGGUGACAAUCAGGGAUAAAGUUUUGCAGGUAAACUGCCGUCUCCACAAGAGCAUGCCUACCGAAGAACAAUCUUUAUCUGUCCAAAUGAAUGUUCAUGAGAAUAACAAAACGAGUCAAGUCAUGUCUGAUGACGUCGUAAUGACUUCCACAGUUUCCCCCACAAAUCCAAAGUUUUCUUUGAAAGUAUUGGGUCUCGAUUCGAAUGAAGCUGAUACUGUUCAUAUUGGAGAUUUCGGCUGGAUUAUGCUGGCUGUGAAAAAUUCGGCAGAGGAUUUUACAGUGACUAAUUUAGUAGCUAGAGAUGUUAUAACAGGAAGAGUAUUGAAGAUAAUUGAUGAGGACGGAUGUGUUUUACGGCGAGAUAUUGUGAAAGAAAUUAGGAAGACCGACAACUAUGUCAAACUGAAAAUCAGUUUUUCUGGAUUCCGAAGACAGACCGAAGUAGUCUACCACGCCAUGGUUGAAACAUGCACAGUUGGCUGUAUGCCAAAAUGCAAUCUGGAUAUGAUGUUGCCCGAAGAAGAGACGAAUGUUCACUCCCUUCCGUUGUCUCUGGACUUGCCACGUCAUCGAAUGGUCAGGAGAUCACUUGCAGGAGAACCCAGACAACUUCAACUGAUAAGUGAUGUCUACAAAGUGACGGGACACAAACUAACGCUUUUGAACCCUCCACCACCACAAAAGGCGUUUGACUUUAAGCCGCCAACGUCUUCAUCUUCGACUUACGACUUCAACGAUGCCGGAGAAUUUCAUGAAGGCGAUGUCAUCGUUGUGAAGCACUCUGUUGGAUUGAUGUCAGCUGCGAAAACUUGUCUGAUGGAUGACGUCACCUGCAUGCUUACAGUCAUUCUAGGAGCAAUUCAGAUGUUUUUAAUGUUUUCUUGUAUCCUCAUUAUCUAUUGUUAUUAUCAGCAAUGGCGGUUUUAUAGAGAGUUGAACAGACCCCAGGAGCAUAAUGUACAGUAUUAUCAGAAGCCUCCAGAGGUCGUCGCGCAGACGUAG